CGCCAAAGUUACAAUAAUAAUCGGUUGGAAUACGGCUGCUGCGGCUACGGUUUGCGGUCACUGAAUUACGGCGGUGAACGUGGUCUGAAUUGAACGUGGAAGCUUUCAUCGCGGUUUUGUGUGCGCUCGUGCGAGAUUCCUUCGAGGAGAGCCUGAAUUGGUGAAGUGUAUCGCCCGCGAGAUUUACCGAUGUCGGCGUGUGUUGAAGAAAUGACCCGGCUUUCUGUGAGCGAUUGCGGCGAUCAGGCCGAGGCCAACGCCGAUGAAGACGUGGUUAAUCCGUGGAACGUGGUGAGCGCGUCGGCCACCGGAAUCGACUACGACAAGCUGAUCGUGAAGUUCGGCUCAUCGAAGGUGACGCAAGAGCUCGUUGACAGGAUCGAAAACCUUACGGGGAAAAAAGCGCACCAUUUUCUUCGAAGAGGUGUUUUCUUUUCGCACAGGGAGCUAAAUGAGAUUCUAAACGCUCACGAGCAAAAGAAGCCAUUCUACCUCUACACCGGGAGGGGACCGUCGUCCGAUGCGCUUCACAUCGGCCACCUCAUUCCUUUCAUCUUCACCAAGUGGCUUCAGGACACCUUUGAUGUCCCACUGGUAAUCCAGCUCACUGAUGACGAAAAGUUCCUAUGGAAAGACAUGCCUGUGGAGGAUGCGGAGAAAAUGGCUCACGAGAACAUGCGAGACAUCAUUGCGUGCGGCUUCGAUCCUGCAAAGACUUUCAUCUUCACUGACUUUCAGUUCGUGGGGAGGUGUCCCGAGUUCUACAAGAACAUUGUGAGAAUACGACGAGGUGUCACCUUCAACCAGGUCAAGGGCAUCUUCGGAUUCGGGGACAGUGACUCCAUUGGAAAGAUUAGCUUCCCAGCUGUCCAGGCCGCACCGGCGUUGAGUUCGUCUUUUCCAUUCAUCUUCGGAGAGAAUAGUCGUGUUCCCUGUCUGAUUCCCUGUGGAAUUGACCAGGACCCUUACUUCCGAAUGACGCGAGACGUGGCGCCCAAACUGGGCUACCCUAAACCUGCACUGCUGCACUCGGUGUUCUUCCCAGCACUGCAAGGGGCCCAGAGCAAGAUGAGUGCCAGCGACCCCAACUCGUCGAUAUUCCUCACUGACACCCCUGCUCAGAUCAAGAACAAGAUCAACAAGUAUGCCUUCUCUGGAGGUGGUGCAACCAUUGAGGAACACAAGGAGAAAGGAGGCAACUGUGAUGUGGACAUAUCGUACCAGUAUCUUCGUUUCUUCCUCGAUGAUGACAAGAAGUUAGAGCAGAUCCGCAAGGAUUACACUAGUGGAGAGCUGUUGACGGGCCACCUGAAGAAGGAGCUGAUUGGCAUCUUGCAGAAGCUCAUCGCUGACCACCAAACUGCCAGGAAAGCUGUCACCGACGAUGUCAUAGCCAAGUUCACGACUCCGAGGCCACUAGAACUCAAGCGUCAAUGUUAGGUUCCUCACUAUACAGCAACGCGUUCUCGCGACUUGAAGCCCCAUUGUGAACUCGCUUGUGCGAGAAGUUCUCGUGGGUGGCGGCGGUUGCCUAUUGCAAUGAGAAUGUUUUGUAUGAAUUAUUAGAUUAUACUAACGCGCAGCCAUGCAUUUCGCUUCGUGAUGAAGAUGAGGCUUUUCAGAAGCAACUCCAUUUUGACUUUGGUGUACGUGCCUUCAUUUUGGCCCUGGUGUAUUCAUAUGACCAGAUUGGGUCUAUUUGAAACGAUGAUGCAGACAGUAAAAGUACAGUUGUUUGACAUCUGGUGCAUACUCUGGUUCUGCUUUUGUGAAAAUUUGAAGUUUAAGAAACGAAAUAGCCUAUUUCUCUCUUUGCUCAAAAAGGCAAAAAGUUUGUGGUAUAAAAAUUCAACUUCUAAAUAUAUUGAAAACAGGUGAUUGUAUAAGGCCAGUUCAGUAGUAUCAUGAAAACUGAGGGCUCGAGUAUGUAACGAAGCACUUGAAUUUAUGUGCACUGUAAUGAGAGACCUGCGUGAGAGUUCCAGGUUUUCACCUAAGUAAAGUUUUCUCUAUUCAUUAGCCAGCCAUAGAUAAAGGGAGAAAAUUUUGUAGAAAAACUCAUUAUUGGCUCGAGUGCAAGCAGGAGACGAGAGAAGGUUUUUUGCUUGGAAAUCAUGGAGGUUUGACAUUCUAAAGGGGGAUACAUUAUGCAUAAUCAUAUACUUGUGAUUAUAGCUAAAGUGGUUGCUUGGGCAUGUUGGUGUGCCAUAUUAGAGGGAAACAGUGCAAAAGACGAGAAACCAGGCAAAGAAGGGCACAUACAACAGCGAUGUUGUCUUUUGCGCCGUUUCUUUCUUAUAAAAUUUGUAAUUAACCUUUAAAUGCACGAAGGACUGUUUUUUUAAGGCCUUCAGUGGCUUAUCGCACGAUGACUUUGAGCGAGGCAUGGCAGGCAAAAAAGGUGCUAAAAGAUUUCUGAUGUCCCACAUCAUCAAUGGUGUCAUGUGGUGACAUCGCAGAUCGCCGAUAUAUGCGACGUCAAUGCUUUGUUGUACGAUGAUGUCUUAAUGCCUCAAAUGUAACGUCAUUGUACGAUGUCAUCACAUGGCAAUCUGAAUUAGGCAAAGUGAGCUGAUGGCAGAGGUUGUGUGAAACUUGGCGUCGAGUACAGGACACUGUUGGGAGUCGGACACUUUUGGGACUCUCGCACUGCAGUCUCUCACAAUGCGGCUUGUUACAUCUUGCAAGAAGUCUCGUUUCUAUUUUUAUAACUCGCCACAUUACAAAGUGGGCCGCAGGCCUUUAUCUUUGAGUGCUACAGAGAGUUUAACAUGCUGCCGCGCUUUAUUUGCCAAGGAGUUGGAUGUACUCUCUUUUGACUCUAAUGCAGCCAAGGACCCUUGUAAGGUGACAUGAAAUGGGUUGUUAAGGUCACCUAAUGUAAUUUAAUAGUAGAUGGCAAGGCCUGGAAAUCUGCACCAUCAUGUUUGGUUUGUCAUGGUAACCUUGUUGAAAGGGCAGUUCUCACUUUUCUUCUAACAUGUGGAGCUAGCGUGGGACAGCGACGAAAUGAAUAAAAAUAUUUUCAAUGUCGGGUAGUGCCAGAUAAUGGAGCUUUUCCUUUGAACCAACAUUUAUGUCGGAGCACAGUUCGUGCAACACAAACAGGCACAUUUAGAUGUUGCAGGUCGGAAUGCUAGUUUUUCGUAAGUACAAUUCAGUGAUUGGUUAUGCCCUGUGUUUCUAUGUGCCCGUUUAAACAUUCUCGUCUUGUGUGUGAGCACUGCCUUCUGAAGUUGACAGCUUGCUGAAAAAGACGCGCGUGAAUGUGAAUAGCCGUUUGAUUUUGUGACUUCGUGGGUAUUUAUUGUGCAGGCUUUAUAAAUAAAAGCACUUUUUUCGUGCCUUAUGCGUCGUCUCCCUCUAAAGUACUUUCCUUAGCUGAAAAGAAUGGGCAUCAAUGUAUUAGAUCGGAGUCGCUGGUUCUGCUUAUAAUAAAUGUAUUUGGCUUUUUUUUCUGCCUA